CAGUUCACCGAUCAGUCACCUGGACUAAACAGCACGCACGGUUUAAUUCGGAUUAACGAUGCGGUCCCGGUUGUUCCUCGUGCCCUUCUUUGCGCCUCUGUUGCUGCUGUUGUCGGUUCAGCGCGCGCACGCCGGCGGUGAGUACUGCCACGGUUGGAGCGACGCGUCGGGGGCGCGGCACCGAGGAUUCCGCUGUCCCGAGCGCUACGACGGCGAGGGCGCGCGCUACUGCUGCGGCUCGUGCUCGCUGCGCUACUGCUGCGCCGCGCCGGACGCGCGCCUCGAUCAGAGCACGUGCCCUGCCGAGCUGGACUUCCACAACCAAGGAGCACGAGACGUUCCACCGAGCCUUCCGACUUAUCUGCCCUUUGUGAUCGUAGUGAGCGCCUUCCUGUCCUUUGUUCUGCUCGGGUCACUGAUCUCCGUCUGCUGCUGUCACUGUGUGAAGCCGAAGCCCAGCGACCGGCCCAGUCCCACACAGACCAGUUUGUUGGAAUCAGGAGGCCCGUCACCUAAAAGCUCCACCCCUUCAUGUAUGUCCAACUCUGGACUCCACCCUCCUCGCCCGAGUCCGGCAGAACUCAGCGUGUACAGUGCAUUUCCACCAGCAUUUGUUCCUCCACUUCACCAGGGGGCACCACAGUUUUACCCAAAUUAUCCCAACUAUCCACUGCCCCCAGAGCACACCAUGCUGAUCGCACCGGCGUUCCUGGACACGCACGGACACGGACACGGUCCGCCCUUCCAUCAGGACCCUGUCUACCCCACUGUUACUGUCUGAAGAUGUCACAGGACCAAAAACUGUAAACAAGUAGAAACAUGAAAAGACUUAACUGAGAAAAGCAGCAUGGUGAUGAAGGUCACAGCCGUUACCUUCCCAUCACAGGACAAAAGACAGUUUUUAAAUAAAAACAUAUGUUUAUUUAGCUGAUAUGAACAGUGAAGAUCACAAACACGUAUGAACAUGGCUCAGAAAUCCUGUCACAUUAGCCGACUAGCUAGGACUAACUGUAAAAGUUUUAAUGUGCCUCAAACACUUUCUCAGAGAUCCUGUCACAUUAGCCAGCAUUAGCCAGAAAUCUACAGUUCUUUAAAAGUCUCCGUUGUC